CUCCAAAGGUGGCUUGAUAGGUUAGUUCUCUGAUUGGAUGUUGGGCAUGCCGACGGCGACUGCAGAGCGGGGUGGAUCUUUAAGACAGGGAGGGGGGCAAGGUGUAGUAGCAGGAAAUGUCCCGACUUUCAAAGUCGUGCCGCAGAAGCUCAAUCAUAUCCCUCCUCCCAGGUCUUUCCUCUCCCAUGUUCAAGAGGAUGCCUUGAUUUCGUCAUGUGUGCAAUCACGCCCAGUUCCCUGCUAUAAAAAGGCACAUCCCAAUCCCCUUGUGAGUGGUUUCGUCCCAUCCAAAUCACGUCUCUUCUCUCCAAAGCAUCCCUCAGGCCUCCCUACAUCAUCAAUCUGCCCCUACAAACCGUUCCUAUCACUCUGAAGUCUCUGUUGUUGGCUCUCCGUCAGUGACCUUUACCACCUUAACAUCCAUCUUCUCGAGCCGCUUCUAGGAAAAUGCCCCCUCUUCAACUUCCGCCGAGCCCACCACCCGUGGCCACAUACAAUUCCAAGUUGGAAACUCAAUGCUGGGGCCGUUCAUCUACGAUACGUCCUCCCUCCAAGACCGCUUGAUCCAGGGCUCGGCCAGCA